GCCUGGCCGGAGCCAGGGAGGCCGCGACGCGGGCCCCGGGCUGCCUGUUCAAGGUCACGGGCCGUGCCAGCCUCGACCCCUCGAACCCCGCGGUGUGCCGGCUCCACUGAUGCAGGCGGGGCCGUUACUCUACGCCCAUGGCUGUCAGUUCCUUGUUGGAGAAUUUGGCCACAAAGAGUUGCCAAGAUAGCUGGGCCAGGAAGAAAGCGCCGUAGCCCUGACCCAGACGCGGUUGCCGACCCCGGGGCACUCUGGCUGUCGAUCAAGCGGCUCAAGAUGUCUGGUGGCGCCAGCACUACGGGCCCAAGGAGAGGUCCCCCAGGACUGGAGGAGGCCACCAGUAAGAAGAAGCAGAAGGACCGAGCAAACCAGGAGAGCAAGGAUGGAGACCCUAGGAGAGGGUCAGUGUCUUCUCGGGAGGAGCAAGCCAAAGAGGAGUUGUUGCUUGAUUGGAGGCAGAGUGCAGAUGAAGUGAUUGUCAAGCUGCGUGUGGGAGCGGGUCCCCUGCGGCUGGAGGAGGUGGAUGCUGCUUUCACAGACACAGACUGUGUGGUGCGGCUUCCAGGUGGUUGGCAGUGGGGUGGUGUUUUCUACGCUGAGAUAGAAAGUUCUUGCACCAAAGUACAAGCCCGUAAGGGUGGCCUCCUGCAGCUGGCACUGCCCAAGAAGGUGCCUCUGCUCACAUGGCCCUCUCUUCUGAAGAAACCUCUAGGGACCCAGGAGGCGGUGCCAGGGCUGCGGUGUCAGGAGAAUGGGCAGGAGCCAUCUCCCAUUGCCCUGGAGCCAGGCCCUGAGCCCCGGCGGGCUAAACAGGAGGCCCGGAACCAGAAGAGGGCCCAGGGCCGUGGUGAGGUAGGCGCAGGGGCUGGCCCCGGGGCCCAAGCAGGGCCCAGCGCCAAGAGGGCUGUGCAUCUCCGCAGAGGGCCAGAUGGGGAAGGGUCCAGAGAUGGGCCUGGACCCCGGGGCGAUGCCCCCCCCUUCUUGGCUGAGACAGCUACCCAGGCUGAGGCUGAGGAACAGCUCCGGGUACCACCGCUAAACCCCCAGACCUGCCUUUUGGGUUCAGAGGAGAAUCUAGCACUCUUGGCAGGAGAGAAGACCAUGUCCCCCAGGAAUGAUCCAGUCUCCCCAGCCGUGGCUCGGAGCAGAGACCCUGAGAAAGGUGACCGUUCCAAAGAGGAGAUGGCAGAGGCAGCAGAUGCUGUAACCUUGGUGGAUGGUAAAGGUGGGGCUGGGGGUGGUAAGCAGAGCCCUAGGUUGAGUUGCAAGAUUGGUGGAUGGAUAGGGAAUAGAACAGCUGUGGGCUGGAACCUGCCCUGGGCGGUGCUGAGCUGUGGUUUCAAUGUAGAGCUGGAGUCCAUGGUGAACCUGGCAUUUGUCAAGAAUGACUCAUAUGAGAAGGGGCCGGAUUCAGUGGUGGUGCAUGUAUAUGUGAAAGAAAUCUGCAGAGACACUUCUCGAGUGCUUUUCCGCGAGCAAGAUUUCACGCUUAUCUUCCAGACCAGGGAUGGAAACUUCCUGAGAUUGCAUCCGGGCUGUGGGCCCCACACCAUCUUCCGUUGGCAGGUGAAACUCAGGAACCUGAUUGAGCCCGAGCAGUGCACCUUCUGCUUCACGGCCUCUCGCAUUGACAUCUGCCUCCGUAAGCGGCAAAGUCAGCGCUGGGGGGGCCUGGAGGCCCCAGCUGCACGAGGUGCAGUGGGUGGUGCAAAGGUUGCCGUGCCGACAGGUCCAACCCCUCUGGAUUCAACCCCACCGGGAGGUGCCCCCCACCCUCUCACAGGCCAGGAGGAAGCUCGGGCUGUGGAGAAGGAAAAACCCAAGGCUCGAUCUGAGGACACAGGGCUGGAUGGUGUGGUGGCCCGCACCCCCAUGGAGCAUGUAGCCCCAAAGCCAGAGCCACACCUGGCCUCGCCGAAGCCCACAUGUAUGGUGCCUCCAAUGCCCCAUAGCCCCGUGAGUGGAGAUAGUGUGGAAGAAGAGGAGGAGGAAGAGAAGAAGGUGUGUCUGCCAGGCUUCACUGGCCUUGUCAACUUAGGCAACACCUGCUUCAUGAACAGUGUCAUUCAGUCUCUGUCUAAUACUCGGGAGCUCCGGGACUUCUUCCACGACCGCUCCUUUGAGGCUGAGAUCAACUACAACAACCCACUGGGGACCGGUGGGCGUCUGGCCAUUGGCUUUGCUGUGUUGCUCCGGGCACUGUGGAAGGGCACUCACCAUGCCUUCCAGCCUUCCAAGUUGAAGGCCAUCGUGGCAAGCAAGGCCAGCCAGUUUACAGGCUAUGCGCAGCACGAUGCCCAGGAGUUCAUGGCUUUCUUGCUGGAUGGGCUGCAUGAAGACUUGAAUCGCAUUCAGAACAAGCCCUACACAGAGACCGUUGACUCAGAUGGGCGGCCUGAUGAGGUGGUGGCUGAAGAAGCAUGGCAGCGGCAUAAGAUGAGGAAUGACUCUUUCAUCGUAGACCUGUUUCAGGGCCAGUAUAAGUCAAAGCUGGUGUGUCCUGUGUGUGCCAAGGUCUCCAUCACUUUUGACCCAUUCCUCUACCUGCCAGUACCCUUGCCACAGAAGCAGAAGGUUCUUCCUGUCUUCUAUUUUGCCCGGGAGCCACACAGCAAGCCCAUCAAGUUUCUGGUGAGCAUCAGCAAGGAGCACUCCAGCGCAAGUGAAGUGUUGGACUCCCUCUCUCAGAGUGUUCAUGUGAAGCCUGAGAACUUGCGUCUGGCCGAGGUAAUUAAGAAUCGUUUCCACCGUGUAUUCCUGCCCUCCCACUCAUUGGACACUGUGUCCCCAUCCGACACACUCCUCUGCUUUGAGCUGCUAUCCCCAGAGUUGGCUAAGGAGCGGGUGGUGGUGCUAGAGGUGCAGCAGCGCCCCCAGGUACCCAGCGUCCCCAUCUCCAAGUGUGCAGCCUGCCAGCGGAAGCAGCAGUCAGAGGACGAGAAGCUGAAGCGCUGUACCCGGUGCUACCGUGUGGGCUACUGCAACCAGCUCUGCCAGAAAACCCACUGGCCUGACCACAAGGGUCUCUGCCGCCCUGAGAACAUUGGCUACCCAUUUCUGGUCAGUGUACCUGCCUCACGUCUCACUUAUGCUCGUCUUGCUCAGCUGCUAGAGGGCUAUGCCCGGUACUCUGUGAGUGUAUUCCAACCACCCUUCCAGCCUGGCCGCAUGGCCUUGGAGUCCCAAGGCACUGGCUGCACUACAUUGCUCUCCACUAGCUCGCUGGAGGCUGGGGACAGUGAGAGGGACCCGAUUCAGCCACCUGAGCUCCAGUUGGUCACCCCAGUGGCUGAGGGGGACACAGGGGUCCCUAGGACAUGGGCAGCUCCUGAUCGGGGCCCUCUGCCCAGCACCAGUGGAGUUUCUUCUGAGGUGCUGGCCAGUGGGCCUGUUGAAGUUGGCUCCUUUCCUGUUGGUGAGAAGAUGUCUCGGCCAGAAGCUGCUGUGCCUGGAUAUCAGCACCCAAGUGAAGCCAUAAAUGCCCACACUCCCCAGUUCUUCAUCUAUAAAAUUGACGCAUCUAACCGAGAGCAGCGGUUGGAGGACAAAGGAGACACCCCCCUGGAGCUGGGUGAGGACUGCAGCUUGGCUCUAGUCUGGCGGAACAAUGAGCGCCUGCAGGAGUUUGUAUUGGUAGCCUCCAAGGAGCUGGAGUGUGCUGAGGAUCCAGGCUCUGCUGGUGAGGCUGCCCGUGCUGGGCACUUCACUCUGGACCAGUGCCUGAACCUCUUCACUCGGCCCGAGGUGCUGGCGCCCGAGGAGGCUUGGUACUGCCCUCAGUGUAAACAACACAGAGAGGCCUCCAAGCAGCUACUGCUGUGGCGCUUGCCCAACGUACUCAUUGUGCAGCUCAAGCGCUUCUCCUUUCGGAGUUUCAUCUGGCGUGACAAAAUCAACGACUUGGUGGAGUUCCCUGUUCGGAACCUUGACCUGAGCAAGUUUUGCAUUGGUCAGAAAGAGGAACAGCUGCCUAGCUAUGACCUGUACGCUGUCAUCAACCACUACGGAGGCAUGAUUGGUGGUCACUACACUGCCUGUGCCCGCCUGCCCAAUGACCGCAGCAGCCAGCGCAGCGACGUGGGCUGGCGCUUAUUUGAUGACAGCACGGUGACAACAGUAGACGAGAGCCAGGUCGUGACGCGUUAUGCCUAUGUACUCUUCUACCGCCGGCGGAACUCUCCUGUGGAGAGGCCCCCCAGGGCAGGUCACUCUGAGCACCACCCAGACCUAGGCCCUGCAGCCGAGGCUGCUGCCAGCCAGGCUUCCCGGAUUUGGCAGGAGCUGGAGGCCGAGGAGGAACCAGUACCCGAGGGGCCUGUGCCCCUGGGUCCCUGGGGGCCCCAAGACUGGGUGGGGCCCCCACCACGUGGCCCUACCACACCAGAUGAGGGCUGUCUCCGGUACUUUGUUCUGGGCACCGUGGCAGCUUUGGUGGCCCUUGUGCUCAACGUGUUCUAUCCUCUGGUAUCCCAGAGUCGCUGGAGAUGAGCUCGACCGCAGGCAGCUGCUGUGAGGUGGCCCACCUACCUGCCCACCAGGCAAUGCUUGCCUCUGUGGUGGAGACCAACUCUGGGCUUAGGCCUCAGUGUGUGCAUCUGGUGGGAGAGGAUGGGGACUGUGGCUCCUGCUGGGGCAGAGCAUCUAGAGUGGGUAUUCGUCCAGCUGUCUGUUCGUCCUGCUGCUCUGACCCUUGGCAUGGGGCUUAGCCCUGCCUAAGCAGCUUCCUGUAUUUCAAGUGUUAAUAAAGUGAGACUGUUCAGGCCCAA